AUGGGACCUACUUCCGCAGCGGAAAGUGCUACCCCGCUUCAUACUACACUUCACGGGGGCACCACUGCUGGAACUGAGAGCACCACUGGCCUCUUUAUCUCAAGUCCAUCAGCUGAGAGCAUGACGAAAAAGGCAGAGCCACCUUCUCAGAUGACGAGUGUCGCUCAUCCCUCCAGCCGAGCCGACGUCACAACAUCUGAGUCCCUAGGCAAACCUUGGAGCACAGCUACAGCCACCUCAACGUUUCCAGAGACCUCCACAACUCCUGUAGAAACCCCAACAGAGAGAACAACAAUAAUUCGUUCCACUGGAGCUGAAGUGACAACCAUACUUUCCCUCAAUGCAACUUCACAACCUACAAGCACAGCUGCAGCCACCUCAACUGCUCCAGAAACAACUACAGUUCUGCAAGAGACCACUUCCCCAGCUGACAAAACAACUACAGUUUUGCAAGAGACCACUUCCCCAGCUGAGAGUACCCCAAUAAUUACUACUUCUACAAGGACAACAAUAAUUAGUACCACUGGAAAUGACGAGACAACCACACUUUCCUUCCCUGCAACUUCACAAGCCGAAAGCACAGCCAGAGCCAGCUCUACCUCAACAAAAACAUCCACCUCACCUUUUCAUACGACUUCUGCAGCUCAAACUACAGCAAUGACGACCACCUCAACUGCUCCAGAAACAACCAUAGUUCUGCAAGAGACCACUUCCCCAGCCGAGAGUACUCCAAUUAUUAGCAAUUCUACAGUGGAAGAAACCACAACCCCAACAGAGAAGACAACAAUAACUAGUACCACUGGAGCUGAAGUGACAACAACACUUUCCCUUCUUGCAACUUCACAACCUGAAAGCACAACUGCAGCCAUCUCAACUGCUCCAGAAACAACCACAGUUCUGCAAGAGACCACUUCCCCAGCAGAGAAGACUACAGCAGUAACUACUGCCACUACAGUGGAGGAGACAACCACAGUCACCCAUCCUACUACUUCCCCAGUUGAAACAACCACCACUCUGGCUAUCACCACACCCGUCCCUGUGGUCACAUCCCCCACUGAGACCACAACUGGAGUCACUUCUAUUUUACCGUUGACAUCCACGGUACAUGCUGAGACAAGUUUGCCCUCUGAGACCACAAGAAUUCCCAGCAUCUCUACAGAAGCUGAGACAACCACAGCUGCCCCUCUUGUCACUUAUCCCACCACAACCACAAGUGCUGUCACCUCCUCUUUAGCAGAGACAUCCACAGUUGCUGUUACGGUGACUUCUCCAGCUAAGACCACAUUGACACUGACUCCCACCACAGCAGCUCCUAAAGCAUCCACAUCUGCUCUGGAGACCAAUUCCCCAUCCGAAAUCCCAAUAGCUUUGGGCACCACUACAGAACGGGGGACACCCACAGCAUCCCCUGUCACCACUGUUCUCGCUGAGACUACUAAAACAUCAUCCUUUGCUACGGAAUCAGAGAGAAGCACAGCGGCUCCGAUCACCACUACCCCUGCUGAGACCACAAGAACUUAUGCUUCCACAACAACGAGUUCCAGCUUCGUAGAGGAGACAACCACAGCUUCACCUCCAACCACUGCACUACCUGGGAGCAUGGCUGUAGCUACUUCGACUAUUCUAGAGACCUCCACAGCUCCUAGGGGAAACAACGGCAGCCAUCUCUGUGACAACCACAACAUUGCUUUCACCUACCACAGCUGCUUUGACAAUACCACUAAAGUAGAAGACACAGCCACGGUCGCUCUUCCUACCACUUCAGCCCAUAAGAGCACAGCUAUAACCACAUCCACCAUAGCAGAAACAUUAACAACUCUUAGAGCUUUUCCCCAAAUGAGACUACAGGCAGCAACUGGUACCACGGCAGUAGGCGAGACAGCCACAAUUACUCUCCCUACUACUUCAGCCCAUGAAAGUACAGCUAUAGCCACCUCUCCUAUACCAGAGACCUCCACCACUUCCAUAGGGACCACGUCUGUAGCUAAGACUACAGCAAUAUCUAGUACCAGCACAGCAGAAGAGACAACCACGGUUCUCUUUCCUACUGUUUCACUACCUGGGACUAUGGCAUCAGACACUUCUCUUAUUCAAAAGACCUCCACAGCUCUUCUGGAGACCACUUCGCUAGCUGAGACUGCAGCAACAACUAAUGCCACUACACUAGAAGAGACAACCACAGUUGCCUUUCCUAGCACUUCUCUUCCUGAAAGCACCGCAGUAGCCUGGUCUCUUAUUCCAGAGACCUCCACAGCUUCUCGGGAGUCCACUUCCCUGGCUGAGAUUACAGCAAUAACUAGUACGACUAUAGUAGAAAUGACAACCAUGGUUGCGCUUCCCACCGUUUCAUUACCUCAGAGCACAACCGUAGCCACUUCUGCUAGUCCAGAGACCUCCACCGCUGCACUAGAAUCUACUUCCUUAGCAGAGACAGCAGCAAUAACUACUGCCUCUACAGUCAGGGAGACAACCACACUUCCGCUUCCUACAAUUUCACAGCCUGAAAGCACAGCUGCAGUUACAGCUCCUAUUCUACAAACCUCCACAGCUACUCUAAAGACCACUUCCUUAGCUGAGACUACUGCAAUCGCUAGUACCACUAAAGUAGUAGACACAGCCACGGUCGCCCUUCCUACCACUUCAGCCCAUAAGAGCACAGCUAUAACCACUUCCACCAUAGCAGAAACAUUAACAACUCCUGUAGAGACCACUUCUGCAGCUGCUACUACAGCAACAACGAGUUCCAGCUUCGUAGAGGAGACAACCACAGCUUCACCUCCAACCACUGCACUACCUGGGAGCAUGGCUGUAGCUACUUCGACUAUUCUAGAGACCUCCACAGCUCCUGUAGAGACUACUUUCCAAGCUCAGUCUUCAGGAAUAACUGGCUCCUCUACAGUGGAAGAGACUACCCCGGUUCCUCUUCCUACCACUUUCUUCCCUAAGAGUUCACCUGUAGGGACAUCUACCAUAGCAGAAACACUCACAACUCCUUUAGAGACCGGUUCCUCUGCAGAGACUACAGCAGUAACUACUGCCACUACAGUGGAGGAGACAACCACAGUCACCCAUCCUACUACUUCCCCAGUUGAAACAACCACCACUCUGGCUAUCACCACACCCGUCCCUGUGGCCACAUCCCCCACUGAGACCACAACUGGAGUCACUUCUAUUUUACCGUUGACAUCCACGGUACAUCCUGAGACAAGUUUGCCCUCUGAGACCACAAGAAUUCCCAGCAUCUCUACAGAAGUUGAGACAACCACAGCUGCCUCUCUUGUCACUUAUCCCACCGCAACCACAAGUGCUGUCACCUCCUCCUUAUCAGAGACAUCUACAGUUGCUGUUAUGGUGACUUCUCCAGCUGAGACCACAGUGAUGCCGACUCCCACCACAGCAGCUCCUAAAACAUCCACAUCUGUACUGGAGACCAAUUCCCCAUCUGAGAUCCCAAUAGCUUUGGGCACCACUACAGAACGGGGGACACCCACAGCAUCCCCUGUCACCACUCUUCUUGCUGAGAAUACUAAAACAUCAUCCAUUGCUACAGCAGCAGAGAGAAGCACAAUGACUCCAAUCAGCACUACCCCUGCUGAGACUACACCAACUUACACUUCCACUACAGCACAGGGAACAACCACAUCUGCCCAUUUUACAACUUCCCCAGCUGAGACAACAACCACUUUGGGCGUUCCUGUCAGAGGGGAAAACAACGGUAGCCAUCUCUGUGACAACCACAACAUCGCUUUCACCUACCACAGCUGCUUUGACAAAGACCACAUCUGCAGCUGUGUCUACAGCAACAACGAGUUCCAGCUUCGUAGAGGAGACAACCACAGCUUCACCUCCAACCACUGCACUACCUGGGAGCAUGGCUGUAGCUACUUCGACUAUUCUAGAGACCUCCACAGCUCCUCAGAGACAACCACUUCUGCUCGUCCAACCUCCUCCCCAGCUGAGUCCACAACACUAAUUAGCACUUCCACAUCACAGCCAGCCACAAUCACUCCGCCUGCUAGUUCAAUGUCUAUUAUGACAGUUGCAGCCACCUCUGCAACAGCAGAAACAUCCACAUCUCCUCUAGAGACCACAUUCCCAGCAAUGACUAGUAGCUCUACUGUAGAAGAGACAACCGCAGUUCCUCUUCCUACCAGUACACUUAUUAGGACCACAGCAGCAGCCACCUCUACUAUUUCAGCGAGCUCAAUCGGUGCUCUGGAGACCUCUUCCCCAAAUGAGACUUCAGCAGUAACUGCUGUUUCACCAACCUCAACCACCGCUUCAGCAAUUGAACAUUUCACAGUGAACUUCACCAUAACCAAUCUCAAAUAUGAUUCACAGCUGAGAUCUCCUCAUUCUACCCGGUUCAAUGCUACUGAGAAAGUCUUGAUCUCUUUACUCAACCCAAUAUUUGGAAACAGCAGCUUCGGCCCAGAUUAUAUAAAAUGUGAAGUGACGUCUUACAGAUCGGUGAGAGAUGGGAAUAACACCGGUGUGGAUGCCGUCUGCACCUACAGGCACGACUCCACUGCUCCCCUGUUUGACAGAGUGGAUGUUUACCAUGAAAUCCAGAACAAGACAAAUGGCAUCACCAAACUGGGCCUCUACACCCUGGACAAGGACAGCCUCUAUGUCAAUGGUUAUAAUGAAGCACCAGAUCUGCCAACUGUUUUGCCAACCUCAACCCCCGCUCCAGCAAUUGUACGUUUCACAGUGAACUUCACCAUAACCAAUCUCAAAUAUGAUUCACAACUGGGAACGCCUCAUUCUACCCGGUUCAAUGCUACUGAGAAAGUCUUGAUCUCUUUGCUCAACCCAAUAUUUGAGAACAGCAGCAUCGGCCCAGCUUAUAUAAGAUGUGAAGUGAUAGCUUGCAGAUCAGUGAGAGAUGGGAAUAACACUGGUGUGGAUGCCGUCUGCACCUAUAGGCACGGCUCCACUGCUCCCCCGUUUGACAGAGUGGGUGUUUACCAUGAAAUCCGCAACAAGACAAAUGGCAUCACCAAGCUGGGCCCCUACACGCUGGACAAGGACAGCCUCUAUGUCAAUGGUUAUAACGAAGCACCAGCUAUGCCAACUGUUUUGCCAACCUCAACCCCCGUUCCAGCAAUUGGACAUUUCACAGUGAACUUCACCAUAACCAAUCUCAAAUAUGAUUCACAACUGGGAACGCCUCAUUCUACCCGGUUCAAUGCUACUGAGAAAGUCUUGAUCUCUUUGCUCAACCCAAUAUUUAAGAACAGCAGCAUCGGCCCAGAAUAUAUCAGAUGUGAAGUGACGACUUACAGACCGGUGAGAGCUGGGAAUGACACCGGUGUGGAUGCCGUCUGCACCUACAGGCGUGACUCCACUGCUCCCCCGUUUGACAGAGUGAGUGUUUACCAUGAAAUCCAGAACAAGACAAAUGGCAUCACCAAGCUGGGCCCCUACACCCUGGACGAGGACAGCCUCUAUGUCAAUGGUUAUAACGAAGCACCAGCUCUGCCAACUGUUUUGCCAACCUCAACCCCCACUCCAGCAAUUGAACGUUUCACAGUGAACUUCACCAUAACCAAUCUCAAAUAUGAUUCACAACUGGGAACGCCUCAUUCUACCUGGUUCAAUGCUACUGAGAAAGUCUUGAUCUCUUUGCUCAACCCAAUAUUUGAGAACAGCAGCAUCGGCCCAGCUUAUAUAAGAUGUGAAGUGAUAGCUUGCAGAUCGGUGAGAGAUGGGAAUAACACUGGUGUGGAUGCCGUCUGCACCUACAGGCACGGCUCCACUGCUCCCGUGUUUGACAGAGUGGGUGUUUACCAUGAAAUCCGCAACAAGACAAAUGGCAUCACCAAUCUGGGCCCCUACACGCUGGACAAGGACAGCCUCUAUGUCAAUGGUUAUAACGAAGCACCAGCUCUGCCAACUGUUUUGCCAACCUCAGCCCCCGUUCCAGCAAUCGAACGUUUCACAGUGAACUUCACCAUAACCAAUCUCAAAUAUAAUUCACAACUGGGAACGCCUCAUUCUACCCAGUUCAAUGCUACUGAGAAAGCUUUGAUCUCUUUGCUUAACCCAAUACUUAACAACAGCAGCAUUGGCCCAGCUUAUAUAAAAUGUGAAGUAACGGCUUAUAGAUUGGUGAGAGCUGGGAAUGACACCGGUGUGGAUGCCGUCUGCACCUACAGGCGUGACUCCACUACUCCCCCGUUUGACAGAGUGGGUGUUUACCAUGAAAUCCAGAACAAGACAAAUGGCAUCACCAAGCUGGGCCCCUACAACCUGGACAAGGACAGCCUCUAUGUCAAUGGUUAUAACGAAGCACCAGCUAUGCCAACUGUUUUGCCAACCUCAACGCCCGUUCCAGCAAUUGGACAUUUCACAGUGAACUUCACCAUAACCAAUCUCAAAUAUAAUUCACAACUGGGAACGCCUCAUUCUACUCGGUUCAAUGCUACUGAGAAAGUCUUGAUCUCUUUGCUCAACCCAAUAUUUAAGAACAGCAGCAUCGGCCCAGAAUAUAUCAGAUGUGAAGUGACGGCUUACAGACCGGUGAGAGCUGGGAAUGACACCGGUGUAGAUGCCGUCUGCACCUAUAGGCAUGACUCCACUGCUCCCCUGUUUGACAGAGUGGGUGUUUACCAUGAAAUCCAGAACAAGACAAAUGGCAUCACCAAGCUGGGCCCCUACACCCUGGACGAGGACAGCCUCUAUGUCAAUGGUUAUAACGAAGCUCCAGCUCUGCCAACUGUUUUGCCAACCUCAACCCUCGUUCCAGCAAUCGAACGUUUCACAGUGAACUUCACCAUAACCAAUCUCAAAUAUAAUUCACAACUGGGAACGCCUCAUUCUACUCGGUUCAAUGCUAUUGAGAAAGUCUUGAUCUCUUUGCUCAACCCAAUAUUUAAGAACAGCAGCAUCGGCCCAGAAUAUAUCAGAUGUGAAGUGACAGCUUACAGACCGGUGAGAGCUGGGAAUGACACCGGUGUAGAUGCCGUCUGCACCUACAGGCGUGACUCCACUACUCCCCCGUUUGACAGAGUGAGUGUUUACCAUGAAAUCCAGAACAAGACAAAUGGCAUCACCAAGCUGGGCCCCUACACCCUGGACGAGGACAGCCUCUAUGUCAAUGGUUAUAACGAAGCUCCAGCUCUGCCAACUGUUUUGCCAACGUCAACCCCCGUUCCAGCAAUCGAACGUUUCACAGUGAACUUCACCAUAACCAAUCUCAAAUAUAAUUCACAACUGGGAACGCCUCAUUCUACCCGGUUCAAUGCUACUGAGAAAGUCUUGAUCUCUUUGCUCAACCCAAUAUUUAAGAACAGCAGCAUCGGCCCAGCUUAUAUAAAAUGUGAAGUGACGGCUUACAGAUCAAUGAGAGCUGGGAAUGACACCGGUGUAGAUGCCGUCUGCACCUACAGGCGCGACUCCACUGCUCCAUCAUUUGACAGAAUGAGGGUUUACCAUGAAGUGAGGAACAAGACAAAUGGCAUCACCAAACUGGGCCCCUACAUCCUGGACAAGGACAGCCUCUAUGUCAAUGGUUACAAUGAAGCAAACCCUCCGCCAACUGUGAUGACAACUACAAUUCCAGCUCCAACAGUUGACUAUUUCACAGUGAACUUCACCAUCACGAAUCUCCAAUACACAUUCCAAUUAGGAACCCCAAAUUCCAAUAAAUUCAAUGCUACAGAAAAAGUCCUGACCUCUUUGCUUGAUCCAUUGUUCAAAAACAGCAGCAUUGGCCCUGUUUAUAUGGGAUGCAAAGUGAUGACUUAUAGGCCUGUGAAUAACGGAGAUGACACUAGCGUUGAUGCCCUCUGCACCUACAGAACUGAGUCUACCACAUCCAGGUUCGACAGAGUGAGGGUUUACCAUGAGCUGAGCAACAAAACAAGUGGAAUCACCAAGUUAGGACCCUACAGCCUGGAUGACAAGAGCCUUUACGUUAACGGUUACAAUGAACCGCGUUCUGUGCCAACUACGAUACCAACUGCAACCAGUGCUUCUGCUCCAACAGUCAAACAUUUCACAGUGAACUUCACCAUAACCAAUCUCCAGUACACUUCCCAACUAGGAACCCCCAAUUCCUUGAAAUUCAAUAAUACAGAGAAAGUGCUGACCUCUUUGCUUGACCCACUGCUCACAAACAGCAGCAUCGGCUCAGACUACAAAGGAUGCAAACUUUUUAAAAUUUUCCAAUGUUAUAAAUGGAUAGGAAAAAAAAAUUACAUGAAACUUACUUGUCCCUUUGUCCCCAGCCCUGUGACAAAUGGUGAUGGCACGCGCAUCGAUGCCCUCUGCACCUACCGAAAUGACUUCACCAGACCCAGGUUUGACAGAGCGAAGGUUUACCACGAGCUGAGCAACAAGACAAGAGACAUCACUAAAUUAGGUCCUUACAACCUGGACAACAGCAGUCUCUACGUCAAUGAAUACAACGAAGCACUACUUGGACCAACUCUGAGCCAAACUACCCCCCAAAGUCCAACAGCUGGGUAUUUCACAGUGAAUGCCACCUUAACCAACCUCCGCUACACCACAGACCUGGGGACACCGGGUUCCCGCAAAUUCAAUUCUACAGAGAAAACAAUACUGUAUCAUAUUGAGCCUCUGCUCAGAAAAAGCAGCAUUGGCCCUAUCUACACUGGAUGCAAAGUGAUGGCAUUUAGGUCGGUGAGGAACAGGGAUGACACAGGAGUAGAUGCCUUUUGCAGCUACAGGAAUGAGCCCACGGCUCCCAAGUUUGACAGAGUGAAGAUUUAUCGUGAGCUGAGCAGCAUGACAAAGAACAUCACUAAGUUAGGGCAAUACAACCUGGAGAACAAAAGCCUCUAUGUCAAUGAAUACAACGAAGCACUACUUGGACCAACUCUGAGCCAAACUACCCCGCAGAGUCCAACAGCUGGGUAUUUCACAGUGAAUGCCACCUUAACCAACCUCCGCUACACCACAGACCUGGGGACACCGGGUUCCCGCAAAUUCAAUUCUACAGAGAAAACAAUACUCUAUUACAUUGAGCCUAUGCUCAGAAACAGCAGCAUUGGCCCCGUCUACACUGGAUGCAAAGUGAUGGCAUUUAGGUCUAUGAAUAAUAAGGACACCGGGAUCAAUGCAGUAUGCAGCUACAAAAACAACUCCACAGUCGCUACGUUUGACAGAGUGAAGCUUUAUAAUGAGCUGAGCAGCAUGACAAAGGGCAUCACCACGCUAGGACCCUACACCCUGGAGAAGAAUGGCCUUUAUGUGAAUGGUUUCCGCCUCUCAGACAUAGCUACUACUACAGAAGCUCCUUCCAUGGUGGCUCCAGAGAAUGUGGGGUAUCUGCUCAACUUCAGAAUAAUCAAUGUAAACCUAACCAGCCCAGACCCGAAGUCUUUGGCCUACCAAGCAUUACAGAAAGACAUUGCUGAGAAGAUUAACCAGCUGUACAGAAAGAGUGACCUUCAAGGCAGAUUCUUGUUCUGCAAUGUCACAGGCUUGAGGAUUGGCUCUGUAGUGGUCGACUGCAACUGCCACUUCAAGCCAGCACCCAACCGCAGUGAGGAGACCGUUCUAAGCACAUUUCAGAAUGGAACGAGGAAUGCAAGCGCACAAUGGCUGGGAGGCCGCUACCAGCUGCAGGGAGCCAGGGUGAAUGUUUUGGAGACAGUUAUUAAGCCAGUGACUCAGCCGCCCGUCAGUGCUGAGCGAGAGACUUUCAGAUUAAAUUUCACCGUCACUAACCUCUUCUACUCGUCUGAACUGAAACAACCCAGUUCAAAUCCUCAUCGACUGAACAAGCAGAUGAUUGAGAAAGCGCUUGACAAUAUUUUCAGAAAUAGCAGCGUCCAGAAGUACUUUGCCGGCUGUUCAGUUGAAAGCUUUAGGCCCAUCUCUGGGAAAACUUACACUGGUAUUAACGCCAUCUGCAAAUUUAUGCUGGACAGCACCUCCAGGGCCUUUCAAAGAGAAGAAGUGUAUGAGGAGUUUAAACGUCUCACCAACGGAGGCACUCAGCUAGGGGACAGCUACACGCUAGACAAGGAUAGCUUGCUUGUUAAUGAUUAUUCUCCUCUCAAUACAAUGGCAGGAGAACCUGGUAGAUCGGCAAACAAAUGCAAAAGAGCAAUGAGCCUGGCCAUGGUGAAUCCAUUACACAUUUGGGACUCAUGGGAAAUCCUUGCAUUAUCCACCCAGCGCUACGGUGUAUCCACCGAACACCACAUCCUGGGGAGCAGCAGCACCCGCCUCCCCUGCACCACCAGGCUUCUCCUAGGACCUAAGACAGAGUCAGAGUUUGAGGCUAGAAGGGACUACCAGGUCAUCUAG